CCGCUGGUACUUUUCCUAUCGAGUUUGCAACCUGCAAAAUCCGAGUCGGAAUAGCCAACAAGAUGACAUGUUGAACCUUUGGGAUACCAAAGACCUACAUUCAACGUGCCCGCGAGAUAUCGCAUUAUCCUUUUGAUCGCAACCAAGGAAGACCAAAUGUGGGCGGUGCUUUCCGUUGCACAUUUGGAUAAAAGAUCUACAAUGCUAUUGUGCCAUUCUUUUGGAAAAGAAAGUUCAGUUCAAGGUGAAUUCAAGGGCUGCCCAUCAGUAUCCUUCACACCUGAAGAUAUUCAGAAGCUUUCUAGGAGAUUCACCAAUGCUCUGAUUGGUACAUUUGCUAGAAGGCCAGCUUAUGCAAUCUUGAAGAAUUUCUUGCAGAAGCUUGGACUGCAGGGGGGAUUUUCAAUUGGAACACUCUCUUAUAAUCAGGUUCUUAUUAAUUUUCAAUUUGAAGAAGAUUAUGAGAGGGUGUUUCUUAGACAAACUUGGUCAGUAGGUAAUCAUCUUUUGGUGGUUACCAAAUGGACUACUGAUCACACAGAAGGGAUUGAUUGUCCUGUGGUUCCAGUUUGGGUCAGCUGCCCUAAACUUCCCAUCUUUCUUCACGAUCAGAGAGCCCUUUCUAUAAUAGCUUCUGCUAUAGGAAGGCCUCUUAAAGUGGAUGAAAGCACACUCAGGUUCUCUAGACCAGAACUGGCUCGUUUUUGUGUUGAAAUCGAUGUCUCCAAGCCACCCCAUUCUAAGAUUCAUAUCAACCUGGGAGGGAAAGACUUAUUUCUCCAACUAGUGUAUGAAAAUAUUCCACAUUAUUGUUCUUCAUGUUCCAAACUAGGUCAAUUGAGAGGUCACUGUAGGAAUCAAGAGAGGGAACUCAAACAACCAGUCCAAAUCAGAGAAAACAAGGGCAAAGAGAUAACUAGAGAAAAAUGGACUGUUAUUACCUCCAAAAGAGGUGGGUCUGAAGCUGUUUGGAAAAGAGAAUUGGGUCCCUCUUCUUCUGGACCUGGGGAAUGUUCCAAAUCAUAUGAGGCACAACAACUACAAGACAAGGACACCCCAGUUCUAGUAAUACCCUGUCCAGCCCCUGCAACAUCAACUCCCACUUCUGCUCUUUUAGACCCCACUCCUCCUCAGGGCCCAGAAGUUGUUGCAGAUAGUGAGGGUAAUAAUAUGGCAUUGGUUUUAUGGAAACCACUACCUAUAGCAGAAUCUAAAUUCUCACCACUCCUGCAACAAGAAGAAGAAUAUGAAAGUGAUGAAUCAGAUUAUGAAGACCUGGGAAUUAUACCCAUGGUUGGUUUAGUCAUGCCGUUAGCCGAUGUCAAAAAUAAGGGGGUUACAAGAGGGAGCAUCUCUCUUUCCCGUACGUUCUUCGUCCUCUCCCUUUGUCGAUCCUUCUUCGCGUUCGGUCGACAAGCAACAGCAGCCGCCGGCGAGAGGCUCGCCGGGAAGUCGCCGUCGGCCACUAUCCCCCUCUCGCAGCCUCUCUCUCCCGUUGAUGUUCCGUCCGCCGCUGCACGUCGACCAGAGACAGUGACCAAGGAGCCAACGCCGUCACCCAUCGUCGCUUGGGGAACCACCGUCGUCGUCUCUCUCUUCCCCUCCGAUUUCUGGUUCGCACGCACCAUUUUCGGAAAAGAGCAGCUGUGAGGUUUCAACCCAAGGUUUCGAUUUCUUCAAUUUUCGAGGUAGAAACAUAGGCCGAAUGGGCAACCCGGAGGGGUGGCGUGGAUGGCUCUUGUUUUUUUUACUCUUCUAAUUAAGCUACAUUAUUUUA